AUGGCUGAAGCAGACCGAAAUGGCACCGGCACCCCCUUCUCUCUUUCUUUUUCAGGCAGCGGUUUUCUUGCACUUUACCAGAUAGGGGUAGUCCAGUCGCUCUUGGAAUUGGCACCUGAGAUACUAAAAUCUGCAUCCAAAGUUUAUGGAGCAUCAGCUGGGUCACUUAUAGCUGCAGCAGUGGUGUGUGAAUCUAGCCUGGAGGACCUAAAAGAAUCUUUCCAUGAAGCGGUGAGAGAUGCCAGGAAAACUAUUCUCGGCCCUCUGUCUCCUGGAUGCAACAUGCUCUGCACCAUACAGAAGAGGUUGUACAAGAUGUUGCCAGAGAACUCUCACCAGGUGGCUUCGGGGAGGCUGCACAUUUCCCUCACCCGGGUGAUGGACGGACAGAAUGUCAUGGUUUCUGAGUUCAGUUCAAAGGAAGAUCUGAUUCAGGCACUGAUCUGCAGCUGCUUCGUUCCUAUCUAUUGCGGAUUCAUCCCUCCCUCCUUCCGAGGUGUGCGCUACGUCGAUGGAGGUUUCACUAACCUGCAGCCAUGUUCUGACCUGGAGGCCGUGAUCACGGUGUCCCCAUUCACAGGCGAGCUGGACAUCUGUCCCCGGGACUGCCCGGCUAUCUUCUACUCUUUUCAGAUCUUUAACAGCAGCAUUCAGAUCUCAGUGGAAAACCUGUGCAGGAUUAGCUAUGCUCUUUUUCCACCUAGCUACCUGGUCCUGAAUGAGUUUUUUUUCCGAGGGUAUCAGGAUGCUGUCCUUUUCUUACGCAGGAACAAUGCCUUUGGUAUAAAUUAUCCUGCCAACUUGCUGACCUUCCGGUUUGCCAGUUUGCUCAGUAAAAAUGACUUGUCUCGAGCCAAUAAGGAGUCCUCAUACCGGAACCCAGACACAGGGGGGCUGAAAUCCAACGGGCCAGCUCUGAGGGACCUGCCCCCAAAGCAGGCUCCUGCUGUGAACGGGACACUCAAUGGAACAGACCAGAAAAUACAGCCACAGGUGUCCCCGCACCAGCACAAAGGUAGAGAAGUCUGA